AUGAGCGAGGCGACAGUUUUAAACAAUUUAAGCGAUGAAACCCUGGAAUGGAAAGCGAAUUUUUUCGAAAAGAAAUCGAAACGCUUGUCGCUGAUCUCUUUGUUUUCGCUUUCUUAUGCAAUUGGGACAACAUUUUAUAUUGUGUUCUUGGUGAUCUAUUGUCGCAAAUCCGAAGCCAACACCGAUGCCUUGAUCAAAGUCGUUCGCUCAGCCAUUCGACAAAAUGCAUUUUCGAAUCCCGCAAAUUCUCGUUCACAUUGUGAAAACGGAUGGACAUUUUUAGCCAUUACUGAACGAGGAUUUUGUUACAAAAUGUUCCAACAAAGUGGAGUCAAACAGGCGGAAGCAAAACUCGCCUGUGAUGCUCAGAGAUCGUCACUUGUCUCAAUUGAAUCCUACUUUGAGAAUAAUUUCGUUUACAUCCUUGGUGAGGAGAACUCGGCGAUCAACAAGAUUUGGAUUGGAUUGGAGUAUGAUUUGAGUGUAAAAAGAAGACUUUGGCUUGACGGCACUCCAUCACCGUAUCGAUAUUUCUAUUGGGAAAACGAGACAUACGUUGAACCGGAGAUCAACACCGCCACUUCUAUGUGCAUUCGUUGCAGCGGUAUUGCGAGAUGGUAUGUGAGCACAAAUCAAUCGGAUCCCCAAAUAAAUGGAUUCGUUUGCAAGAAGAAAGCCCAA